AUGGUCUACAAUCAAUUGCGGGCCUAUAGGACGCCGCUCCUCUGUUUCCUGGCCUUCAGCAUCCUCUAUCUGCUGCUCAAGUCCAUUGCAACACUCCAAGGAACUGCGCCACUGCCCAAAAAUGUUGUCGUUCGUCCAGAAAGGGAUGCCAAGCGGAAGGAGAGAUCGCAGCAGGAACCGAAUCAAGUGAAUCUGGAGGACCUGCUGCGAGGCAAGGAGCACGAGGACUGGGUGGGGCAGCCAACGCGCGACCAGUGUGCCCCAUAUCCGCGCUACGACGACAUCGAGUUCCCGAACCCCCACUUCCAGCUGGUGCGGCACGGCAACCUGAGCUACUACCUCUAUGGGGCGUACUACGACCGCCGGCCCAGGAUACCGGAGCUGGUGGUCCUCGCCAUGGUGACCACGUGCGGCGAUCCCUAUCCGUCCACCUACCUGCAGAUGUGGUACGAGGGUGAGACCCACGCCGAAACGCUGCCCCUGCACCAAAGCAAAUUGGCCUGGUACAGGGAGUGGGGUAAUUUGGCGGGUGUCGCCUAUCCCACAGUGCUAACGUUUCAGCUGAAAACCCAAAGGGUGCCGCAGCUGGUGAGCGUGGUCUUCGAUGCGUGUGCGGUGCCCGCGAAUGCCUUCCAGGUGGCGCCACCGCCGCCCGAGGCGCCACCGAAUCCGCAGCGUCCGAAGCGCAUCGGCGUUUGUGUGAAGUAUCUCAAUUUUCCCAACGUCGACAUGAGCGAUCGAUUCGUGGAGUGGCUGGAGCUGAUGCGACUGCUGGGUGCCAGCAAGGUGACCGCCUACGACAUUGGCCACCUGAUGCCCAACACCCGGCGCACCCUGGACCACUACACGAGACCCGAGGAUGGACUCUUGGAGCUGCGGCCCUUCCGUUUUCCCAACGAGACCGCCGAGCACGAGCAAUUCCGCCUGAUGGUCGUUGAGGUGCUGCUCUACAACGACUGCCUGUACCGCAGUCUGUACGACUUCGACUUCGUGGCCGUCGUGGAUGUGGAUGAGGUGAUCAUGCCACUGGGUGAGCACCACAGCUGGCAGGACUUGCUGGGCUACUUGCAGUCGCACGAUGUGAACAGCACUGCUCGCUCCAGCUACUGCUUCCGGAAUGUGUACUUCCCGCAGCACCUGGCCGUGGACGAGAGCAUUCCGGAGCAGUUCCACAUGCUGCGCCAUGUGCACCGGCAGGCGGAGCACUUGGAUCCCAACCACGCGAUCAAGUGCCUGCACGACACCAGCUAUGCCACGGUGAUGCACAAUCACUUUCCCAUGCAGUGGAUGGGCGCCGAGAGGCCGUUCGAUGUCAGCACCGAUCUUGGCCAGAUGCAGCACUACCGCGAUACGAGGAGUCUCGGUCUCAAGAUGGAACCGCCGCCCGUGAGGGAUGAUAACAUCCGACGGUUCCAGCACCAGCUCAUCCACAACGCACUGGAGGUCCAGCGGCAGCUGGCGCAGAGUCGUGCGGCAUAUUGA